AAAAUUCCGGUUCGAUCGAUCCAUAUCUUGUUCGUAAAUCAUUUUGAAUGUCAAUCUAGAUGUAUAUAAAAAAUAAAAUAGAAUAAACUCAAAAGUUCAAACUAGGAGAGCAUGAAACUAAAAUUUUGUUUGUCUUAUAUAGCCUCUUUCCUGAAUUGCUGAUACAUAUUUCAUUAAUUUUGUAGGCUGUAUAGUACUUAAAUAAAUUUCAUCUGUUAAAAGUUUCAUAACUUUUUGGUAAAACAAUGCUAUCUAGGCACUUGAUGCUAUUUAAAACAGUGAGAGGUGUCGAUGUGACAUCAAUUUCUAGGAAUUUUUCUCACAAGUUUAAUCGUAAAUCACUUAAUAACUUUUUGAAAAACCGAGUUUUUAAAAACGAUUCAAUUCACAGAAACUUAGGCUCGACUAAAACUACAUCUUCGAAAGCUGUGCCAAUAUUAAUAGGGACAGCAAUUGUUGGAGGAGUGAUUGGUGCAUACUCUUAUUUCAGUAAAAGUGAUACCUUUGAUACCACAGAAGAUGAGGGUGUUUCUGGUGAGCCACCUUUUGUAUAUGAGCAUUUAGACGAAGAUUUAGCCUUACUCAAAGAGUAUGGGAAAAUACCAUAUUUGCUAAUAGGUGCUGGAUCAGCAUCCUUUGCGGCAUACAGAGCUAUACGCACUGAAGAUCCUAAUGCAAAAAUUUUGAUGAUUGGUGAGGAGGCAUUUCAUCCAUAUAUGCGACCACCUCUUUCUAAAGAAAUGUGGUUUGAUCCUAAUGAAAAAAAUGCUGAUAGUCUAAGCUUCACUCAAUGGGAUGGCAGAAGCCGAAGUUUGCUUUAUGAACCACCUGAAUAUUAUUUUCCAUUGAAAGAAGUCCUUGAGCGAAAGAAUGGUGGCGUUGCUGUGAUUCGUGGCACUAAAGUAAUUAAAAUUGAUCCAGUUUCCCAGACUGUGUAUUUAAACAAUGGAGGCGAAAUCACUUAUGAAAAAUGUCUUAUCGCAACAGGUUCAAAACCUAAAAAUAUUCCCCUUUUUGAAACUGCUGAUAGCUCUAUCAAAAAACAUGUUUCCUUUUUUAGAACAGUGCAUGACUUCAAAAAGCUAGAUAAAAUAUGCAAAAAAUCUGAUUCGAUUGUAAUAGUUGGUGGAGGAUUUUUAGGAAGCGAACUUGCUUGUGGAAUAUCUAAAAGACGUGGUUUGAAUAAAUUCAAAGUGAUUCAGUUGUUUCCAGAGACUGGUAAUUUAGGUAAACAUAUACCGGAGUAUUUAAGUAAGUGGACUACAAAGAAAAUGACAGAUGACGGCGUGCAAGUCAUUCCUGAAGUCACCAUUAAGACUGUGACUGAAGAAGGAAAAAAACUGAAACUAGUUUUAAGCAAUGAUGAAAUCAUUACUGCUGAUCAUAUAGCUGUGGCCGUUGGUUCAGAUGCAGAUACUGAAAUAGCUAAAGCAUCUGGUCUAGAGGUUGAUGAAAAAACCGGCGGAUUUGUGGUUAACACAGAAAUGGAAGCUCGAAAAAAUCUAUGGAUAGCAGGAGACGCUUCUUGCUUUUAUGAUAUUGUGUUGGGUAGACGGCGUGUCGAGCAUCACGACCAUGCAGUUGUGAGUGGUGGGUUAGCAGGAAAGAACAUGACUGGAAGCGGCACGCCUUAUUGGCAUCAGUCCAUGUUCUGGUCAGAUUUAGGGCCAGAUAUUGGUUUUGAAGCUGUUGGCAUUGUUGAUUCUUCCUUACCUACUGUUGGAAUAUUUAUUAAAGAUUCCAAUUUAUCAAACAGUACCAGUGUUGAAACAGAAAAUACAGACAGUGAAGUAGGAAAAGGCAAUGAAAAUGUAAUUAAACCUAUUGAUAAUUCAUCAGUUCUAGAUGUUAAACCUAGAGCUCCUGAUCAUAAAGAUAAUUAUGAUAAGGGUGUUAUAUUUUAUUUAAGAAAUGACAUUAUUGUUGGGAUUCUGACAUGGAAUGUUUUCUCUAAAAUGGCAAUAGCAAGAAAAAUUCUCAAUGAGGCAAAAUCUUUUGAUGACUUGACAGAGGUUGCUAAAUUAUUUGAAUUGAAUGCAACUGAAGAUUGAAUAUCACUAUUUUUUUAGAAUGAAAUUUUUUUUGAAAAAUUAAUCUAUAAUACAAAAUCUAUGCUAAUAGAAACUAAUUUGUGCAAGUACAAAAUUACUUUUUAGUUUUAAUCAAAUACAGUAAAAUUUAUUUUAUAUCAUUUAAAAAUUACUAAACUUAGAUGAUUUGUUUGAUCAACUUUAUGUAUGUGUAAGUGUGUAGAAUGAAUUAAAAUUUAUUUAUUACAUAUUUUUAUUAUUUUAUUGUUGUUAAAAUCAGUUUAUGAGAAUAUAAUCAACCAAAACUAUGUUCCUAAAUUGAUAAAAUUUAAAGUUUUUUUUUUUUUUUACAUGCUUUACAUAAAUAUAUAUUGAAUGUAAUUUCAAAGAUAUAUAAACUCUUACUAGUUAGGUAUAUUAUGUACCUAUGUAUGCAAUACUUGUUUGAUAAAUAUUGAAAUGUAUUGUUUAAUUUUAUUUUAAAAGUAUCCAUCAAAUAUUACCUACUAGUGUACCAGUGUAUUUAUAUGAAAAAGCACCAUUCCAAGAUUUGUAGUUAUUAUUCCAGAUAUGUAAUGUCAGAGGAUCAAGUGCGAUUUAUAAUUUUCAAUAGUUUGUACUAAUAUAAACAUCAAAUUAGAGAAAAGCUAUAUAAUUGUUGUAACUAUUAUUCAGCUCAAAUAAAUUGCAAUGUACUUAGAAA